AUGACACUGACAAAGAGGAGCGCAGAAAGACUCAGAGCAACCCAGAGAGCCAUGGAGCGCGCCAUGCUGGGAACUAGCUUAAGAGACCACAUUAGAAACGAUGAGAUUCGAAGAAGGACAAAGGUAACGGAUGUUAUGAGAAGAGUAGCCGAACUAAAAUGGAGAUGGGCAGGUCACGUUGCAAGGCAAGACCCAUCUAGAUGGACUAACAAAAUGAUGCAAUUGUGCAAAAUGAGCCAAGAGCCACAAAAAGAAAUGCGGGACGACAUCCAACGAAUAGCAGGGAGAAACUGGCUCCAAACUGCCCUAGAUAGACAAACAUAG